AUGGCAUUAGCAGUCUUUCCAACUUCAAGUCUAACUUUUCCAGUUAAAUGUCGUGGUACUGCCUUUUCAUCUGCACUAUGGUCUUACUCUCCAACAGCUCAUAUGCUUUUAAUAGUUGGUCAAUAUCCUAAAAAUGAUAUAUGGCGUAAAUAUGAACGUUCAAUAACAAUAAUACGUCAAUUAUCAUCGUUCAAUAUUGAUUAUCUUGUUUUAAUACUUACACGUAUUUAUACAUUAUUACAACUACCAAAUGAAAAUACAAAUUCAUUAAAUAAUGAACAUGUUAAUAAAGAACAAAGAAUGAUUGAUAGUUCAUCAAUAAUAUAA